UAGAAACUAAUAUGCAUUGUGGAACAAAGGAAUAUCGCAUAAGAAUAAUAGAAUACAGUAGUAUGUAACUAUAUUUCUACGAUUUCAAAAUAAAUAUUUCAUAUCAGCUUCCUAUUAUAUCAAGAUGUAUUUUAAGGUUAUACGUCUUAAGUUAUACUGUUAAAAUAUGUACUCCAAAAAAAAACAUAAUGUUAAUUAUAUAAAACCAUCGGAGCCAGCAUUUAUAACAAAAUUAAAGCAACAAGCAGGUUAUGUAGAAGGUCCUACCGUUGAAACAAAGAAAGAAGAAUUACCGAAAAUUGCUGAUGAGGAUUUUGAAGAUCGCAUUGAUGAAAAACCUGUUGUCGUUGUUAUGAAAGAUGGUGAUUUAACAGCAGAAGAAGCAGAUUUGUAUGCAGCGAUAAAAAAACAAGUUGCUGUUAUAGACAAAGCAGAUCUAUCACAAAAGGUAAUAUUUAAAAGAAAGAAAGGCACCAACGAUGAAAGUUCAUCAAAGUCAUCUUUACCAAAGGAUUUUAAGAAGAAGAAAAAGGACAAACCAGCUAAGACAGUACUUUCAUUUAGUACAGAAGACGAAGAAAAUUACUAAUUUAAACGAUAAUUUAUUUUUUAUAAAAAUGUAGUUUAACUUUUUUGAG